ACAUCAUCCUAUUCUACAACAUGAUUAGGUACACUAGACGGCCGACUACCAUUACUUACAGUAACAUAGCCUGCACUAAACCACAUCUGCGGUCGUCAAAGCAAGUUUCAACAUGACCACCAGCGGACAACGGGCGACAUCUGUCUUACCGAGUUCGCGGCUACACGUCGAGAAAAUACUUCACGAAACGUAACCUCUAACUCUUCUUAAAAAACACGAGCUCGGCAGCACCACGUGAAUUUGUAUUGCCGGUGAACAACGUGUUAUUAUUUCGUCAGUUUUGAAUUAAAGAUUCGCAGACAUGGCAAAAAAGGGUAAGAAGAGACAAUUGAAUGAGAAUGAGGCUACUGAUAACAAUCCAAUUGUUAAGACAACCAAUGAUGUUGGUAAUAAAGACUCGCCUAAGAAGAAAAAAUUAAAAACUAAUGCAGGAGAUGCGGCUGUAACUAAAACUCAGGAAGUAAAGGUAGCCAACAAUGUUAAUGGUGCAGAGAAUGCUUCGAAGAAAUCUAAGAAAAAGAAAAAUAAGAAAGCUCAAAAGCAAGAAAACUCUGAAGAAUCUGCAAGCGAGAAACCCAAGCCAGUGCAGAAUAAUGCAGAAAAGACUGAGGUUCCAGAAGAAGACGGAGUUGUAGCAAAUUCAAAGAGAAAGGAAAAACUCAAACAAAAGAGGAAAGAAAACAAAGAAUUACGAAAAGAAGUGCGAAAAGAGGAAGGUAAUUUUAGUUCAGUAAAUAAGCUAUCUGUAGAAGAAAUGAAGAAGAAAAUUGCUGAAAUAGAGGCUCGAGAAACACAAUCUAAAACUGCUAUUAGAAAGUUACGCAUAUUGAAAAAAAAACUAAGCAUAGAAGAGGGAACAAUUGAUACCACUCCUGCUCAAAAACGUAAGGGCGAAGCUGUCGAAGACAGUGCAAGCGGACAAAAAAAUAAAAAGUUCAAGAAGGAUGUUUCAAUAAAAAUGGAAAAGAAGGAAAAAAAUAAAGAACAGAUUAACGCAGUCCAAGAUGAGAGUAAAUUAAACACACCUAAUAAGUUAAAAAAAGACAAACAAGUGGCAGAACAAUCACUUUUUAUUGAAGACAGAGUGGGUAACAAACCUGAAAAAAGCAAUAAGAAGAAAAGCAAAGAUAGUGGUGAAGAAGAAUCAGAAGUCAGUAGAGCAAAAAAAAUUCUUGAACAGGUUUUGAAUGAAAAAAAACAAAAGGCCAAAAAGGUAAAAGUACAAAAUGAUGAUGAUGAAGAGAAUUCUGAAAAUGAUGAAGAACCUAAAAAAUUAGCUGCAGAUGAAGAUGACGACGAUGAUGAAGUUGAGGAUAAAGAAGAUGAUGAGGAUGAUGAGGAUGAUGAUGUUGAAGAUAGCAAUGAAGAAGAUACUGCAACUAAAAUAAAUAAAUCCAAAACUAAUGUGAAAGCCGACAAAAAACUUAAACAGGUCAGUGCUGACGAUGAAGAUGACGACGAUGAAGAUGACGACGAUGAGGUUACUAAUGAAAAAGCUGAAGUAGAAGAGAAGAAUAAAACACAACAAACAUCAGUCAAAGAGAAAGAAAAGAAAGAGAAACCAAAAGAUUUUAAUAAACAAAAGCCAAAUCAAAUGAAUCAGAAUGCUGGCGUUCCAAAAAAACAAAGAUAUGUUCUUUUUGUUGGAAAUUUGUCUUAUGAUGCUACAACUGUGGACAUAAAGAAACAUUUUCUUACUAAAGUUGAUAUUGUAAAAGACGUCAGAAUUCCUACAAAACCUGGAACAAAUACGCCACGAGGCUUUGCUUAUGUUGAACUUGAAAAUAGUACUGAUUAUGAAAAAGCUCUAUCACUUCAUGAUACUUUCAUCAAUGGAAGAAAAAUCAAUGUUCAGUAUACUUCAUCUGGUUCAAAACAUUCAGGAAACAAACAAGAGAUUGUUCAUAAAAACAAGAAGUUACAUGCUAUGCGCAAAGCUGGAAUGCUAGCUGGAAGCAAGAAAACUUUCCAAAAACGGAGUUUCCGCAGGAAUUCGGACAGAAAUUCUAAAACUGAAUCUUAAAUAAAUUAAAGCGAUUAUUAAUAUAAUGUGGAAAAAAUGACGCGUGCAAUUACCAAGAAUUUAUUUAAUAGUGCUUUUAACUUAUAACAAUUUCAAAAUGACAAUGACGACAUGAAUAUGUUAUUCUGUAUGAACUUUUGAUACAAGUAGUUGACCAAAUCUAUUUUGUGUUAGUUCAGAACGUUACUUUAGUUCUUACUUUGCGAUAAUAGGUUUGUUUGUCGAUGAUCUUGUAUUCAACCAUUUUUAUAAUUUCAUAUUAUUUUGUAUAUAGUCUAUCUAUACAUUUGUAUACAUUAACUUUAUUAUGAGCCAAACACAUUUAACAAAUGUGAGUUUAGAAACAUCUUUUUGAUGGAUCAUAGUUUUAAAUGGAGUAGAUCCAAUGCAAAAAAUGAUAUAAUAGAAAAUCAAAUAAUCUUGCAUAAAAUAAAAUUUAAGAGGACUUUGAUUUUGCAAAUGACUCAGUUUGUGCAUACAGAAUUGCACAUUGAUUUAUAUCAACAAAUUAUAUCGAAAAUUGUUUUAUAUUUACAUUAAUAAAAAAUAUUGACUGUCAAUAUUAAA